GGGGCGAGGUGGCAACGCCACGCCCCCGGGGGCGGGGAUGGGAGAGGCCCCGCCCGGGGGGCGUGCCCCCGAGGAGGCCCCGCCCCGUGACGCGUGCUGUCCGCAGGAGCUGGGGGAGGCGCAGCGGUGGGGCGGGGUGUGCGAGCUGGUGCCGCUGGGGGGCAACCUGCUGCGCUGGCAGGGGCUGCUGCUGCCCAACAACCCCCCCUACAACGCUGGCGCCUUCCGCUUCGAGCUCUCCUUUUCCCCGCAUCAUCCCAUGGUGCCCCCCUGCGUCACCUUCCGGACCCCAAUCUACCACCCUGGCGUGGACCGGGAGGGCCGCGUGUGCCAGCCCCUCACCAGCGCCAAGCACUGGGCACCCACCACCCGUGCCCUACAGGUGCUCCAGGACCUCCUGCUGCUGGUGGACAGCCUGGACCCCCAGCGGGUGCUGCGGGAGGACCUGGCCCGUGAGUUGGCUGCCGAUCCCCAGCUCUUCCGGCGCCAGGCGGAGGAGCACACCUGCCUCCACAGUGAGCGGCGUCCUGCCGUCGCUCCCCCCUGAGCCUCCCAGUACCCCCACCUCGGCCUCUGCCCCGGGCAGGCUGGCCCUCAGCGCUGAGGGCCUCUCCCCACAACACAAGCCAAGAAAUAAAGUUAUUCCCCUCGCCAUGAAUGGGGCAUGCUGCAA